AUGCGGAAUCGACUUGUGCUUCUGACCAUUCUUCUUGUGAGUUCCCUUGGACACUGUUUCCGGGGUUUUGGUAUGGGAAAAGGUUCAUAAAUGCCAAAUUUAGACUAUUUAUCGAGGUGGAAUAGUUGCCUAAAGAUCCCAGGCCCAGUUCAGCUGCAAAAAAAAAACAUUUUGCAGCCCUCAAAAAUUUUACAAUUGCUUUGGGAGCUGCAAAUUGAAUAUAGAGCGCGAAAGUCACUGUGUUAUGAUACCAAAAAGCCUCUCGAUCCAAAUCAAUGCAUGAUUUUUUCAAGUUCAGUUUUAAAAACAUUUUCUUCAUGAAUUGGGUUGAAAAAUUUUCAAUUCUACUUUUCUUUGAACAAAAAUGGCCUUUUUUCACGAGCAGUUUUAUUUAAUACAUGCGUCGCAAAGUGCGAAGAAACUGUCUAAAAAAUUGAAUCAAACAAAAUCAAUCGAUAAAACACAUUGAAAAUAGAAACCGAAGGUGUGAAAAAGACAUUUGUUAAAAUUUACCUUUAUCAACUUACAAUAUACAGCUAAACAUCCAGUCGUUCUAUUGGGUAGAUGCUGCCAAUGGCACAUCACAACAGCCAAAACAGCCAACGAAGCCUCAACCAACGGCUCAACCGAACCCGAAGCCGAAGCCUACUCCUCCUCCCAAAGAUUUCGAUUACCCGGAGGUGAGUAGACUGCUGAACGAUCCCUCCGAAACUAUUCGUUUCAGAGUUUGGAGUUUUUGGACAAUAACAUGAGAGUGGAAUUUGGAUCAACGUGGGUUUUUCAGAUAUGAAAAUUCUGAACCAUAUAUGCGCCAGCAAGCGUACACAGGCGUAUUUUUUUAGCAUUUCAAAAAUUCUUUUUUUAUUUAAUUUUUUUAAGUUAUUUUUUUACAUGGAAUUAACAGAGCUUAUUUAAAAGUUAUAUUUGUAACAAAGCGGAAAUAUCUCUUGCUUCAAUUAUUUUUAAAUUUCCUAUUUUUAAAUUCCCUAUUUUGUUUUUAAAUCUCCUAUUUGAACGAAACUUUUCCCAGGGAAGUAAAUAAUUUUAUUCAGACAUAUUCGUCGUCAAACGUUUGCCGCCUUCUAUGUACUUCCAUCAACCGAUUUCCAAGUUGUCGCAUGGCCGGUUGAAAUUUGCCAGGGGUUUGUUUUUAUUUGUAACUUAUUGAUGGUUUUGAAACACUAUGAAGUUUAACAAUAGUUUUUUAGAGUUUACGUGUGUCCGGCACAGACGAAGGAUCGUCUUAUUGACCCCGUUGAUUUCUCGCAGGCCGAUUUUUGCACCCAAGAUGGCUCGAUUCACUUUUUCCCAGCGGAUCACAAACUGAUCAUCUGUUCGUAUUCGGCUAUAUUUUAUAAUUUCCAAAAAUUUGUUUCAGAUCAAGGCAGCAAUCGGAUAGUCAAGGCUUGGGACUUGCCUUGGCUCAACUUUGAGGCCACCGCCACGGAUGGAACCUAUAAUCUGAUGGUGAAUCGGUAGAAUUUUAGGGGGAGGCAAAAAAAGUGUUUUCCAAUAGUGAUGAAAAGAAGAAAAGUUGAAAAAAAGGAGCGAGCUGGAUUUUUUUGAAAAGGGGCACUUUUCGGUUUGGAACACUGUAGGUUUAAAUUGUGCAUACACCCAUCGCGGUUUUUGGGCGGUACUGGGAAAGUUUUUAGUGGCCACUUUAGGGUUUUGACGUUUUAGUGGUCACUACAGUAGUCAAAUUAGUGGCCACUUAAGGGGUUAACAUUUAGUGGCCACUAGAGAGGCCUAAGUGCGAAGACUAAAAAUUUUAGUGGCCAUUUUAGGGGUCAAUGGAUCAACAUAACUGGUUCAAUAUGCUUGUUUUAAAGUUAUCGGAGUUACUGGUAGGAAUACUGGAUGAAAAACUACUGAAGUGGUCACUAAAACGAAUAAUAGUGGCCACUAUAGUGUCCUCUCCAAGUAGUCCUUGGCGAGCCUCUAUAGUGGCCACUGCAAACCUUUCCCUGUGAGACCACUUUCUCGGUAGAAUACAGUCAAGCUCCGCCCCUAAUGACGUGAUGAGCCAAUCAGAGAGCGAGCCCUCUACAGAGCGUUUUCAAAUGAAGUCAUUUUACUUCAUAAUCUGAACACAUUGAAAAUAUUUGGUUUCCCCAUACAGUAUAACCGAUUUGAAGACCCUUGACGCCUACGACUACGACGCCUACUUGACGACGAAAAAGCCCGAAGUGAAGCCGGUCACUGUGAAGAUGGCCAACAAGGACUUGCUGGUCCUUUCCAACAGCCGUUACUGCCAUCCGACCGUCAGCCAGCCGUCCAAUGGCGGAAGGGCCGAGUUCCUGCCCAACUUGUGCGUAGUUUGAACUCGAGAAAGGGGUCUCUGAAAUUCGAAAGUCGCAAAGUAUGGCUUAGGGCGUGGCCUGUCUGCGCUCUCCGCCGGUCAGGCACUCUCUUUUAUUAUCGUGUCAAGACCCUUUUUUUGGUUUCUCAAGCCAUCUGAAAAGUUUCCAUGUACGGAAAAUUUUGCUUCGAAAAAAGGGUCCUGACACAAUAAUAGAAGAUAUACAGUGCUUGGUUGGUGGAGGGUGCAGACAGGCCACGCCCCCUUGGCGUUUUAAGUUAGCCGUAUUAGCUGUGGCUAUUUUGGAGAUGGGCAAAAGGCAAAAAUAAAUCAUACUUCAAAAUUCCAGGUUUCACUACCGUAAUUUCGUGUCGAGACCUGAUUUUUUCGUUUCUCAUUUUUCAAAAGAAUGCAAAAGUAGGGAAAAAUGCUCAUUUUUCCUAGGAACACUGUCAAGAAUCCGGCCGUUUUGGUGAAUCAAGGCAAGGAAGUCCUCGACUACAGACUUGCCCUUGGAAACGUUCGCAAUUAUGAGAACCUUCCGGUGAUUAACAACUUGAAACGCUAUACAGUGUGCCCUUUAGUUGAUUGUCAAGCAGACGGCGCUGAUGAAACUGAACAAGAAGGGCAGGUGCCCCAAGGUGUUCUACGACACGCGCGGCACCAGCGGAAUCACCUCCACUUGGUUGGUUUGACGGCUGCAAAAAAGGAAUUGCAUCGGCCGGGAAUCGAACCCGGGCCGCCCGCGUGGCAGGCGAGCAUUCUACCACUGAACCACCGAUGCGACUGUCGGUUGGCGUCGCGUUUUAGUGUUAGACUCUCACUGCUGCGCUUUAAUGUUGAUGGGAGAAUUAGUAUUUUGUAGAGAAUCCAAAGAUUCAGGCUUGAAAUGAUGAAAACCUUUCGAAGAUGAUGGAUUUUCCCAAUUUGUUCAACUUUUUCAGGAAAAUCCCCGAAAGCAAAGAUCUCGCUCUGUGGCAGUACGAAAUUGUGGAAAUUGUAAUUUUUCCCGAGUGAUUUAAUGAGAAAUGAGAUAUUUAGAAAGAUUGCAUUGAUAAGCAAUUGCCAAAGUCGCGUUUCCUCUCGGUCAACAUUGCCUUUGACGACUGCGAAUGGUUUGCAACCGACUUUACGCGAGUUUCCCGAGAGUGACCACUUUAGGGUUCGCGUCUGGCUCACUGACAAGAAGGACGACAUCAAGUUCGACUCGAAGAAGCAUUUGAAGAGCUCGAUCGAUUUGCUCGUCGGCCAGGGCCUUUUGAUCCCCAGCGAUAGUGGUAGGGGGGACAUUUUGGAAAAGCUGGUUUUGAGGAUGAGGGUUUGAAGGAGGCUUCUGGAAAGUAGUUUCUUUUGAAAGAAAUGGGAAAAAUUGAAAAAAUUGGUGUGGAAAGGAUAUUUUCUGAAAAGGUUUUUCAAAACGACCUGAGAAACCUCGGAAAUUUUGGGCUCAAAAUUAAAUUUCUUUGGAUUUUAAUUCCUUAGGAACUUUUAGCAGUGUUACUGUAAGAGUCUUAAGAACUAGAAAAUUAGUAAAUUUCAUGAAUUUUGUCCAUUUCUGGUCAAAAAUCAUGGAACAAUUUUUUGAAGUUUCAAAAUUUUGGUAAUUUUGGAAGCUACAGAGAUGAAAAAAACUUUCUGAAUGAAUGAUUUCUGGAAAAAAUUCAGAAGCUUCUUUUUCAAAGAUUCUUGGUGAAAUAUAAUCGAAAGCUCGAUUUUUUCUUUCAUAGAAGAGACAAGAAGGUGGAAAAAUUAUAUAAGAAGCUUUUUUUCGAUUUUUUUCAUGAACAUAAACUUCAACUAGUGGUGAAAAAAAGCUGGGAAAAAAACGAAAAACAAAAAUAUACUAGAAAAUGUUAAGACGUUGCCCGCCCCCUGGCCGUGGCUCCCGGAGCUCUCAGCUCGGUCCGUCUCCGCAUUACGGAGGGCUACGGAGACAAUAUCGUUAGUUUUUCCAAUCUUGAACAAAAAUCUCAUCAAAAUGAUAACGUUUAUCGGAAAAGAAUCCAUUUCGAAGUCCCCUUGGUAAUAAUAACAAUUACUUUUAAAAACGCUGAAUUUCGAAAAAUUUUGUUUUCAAUACAAAGAUGAUACUUAAGAAUUCCAGAGUGGUCCCUAUAGAUGCCCUUGAAGGCUCACCUCUAAAUACCACUUUACCAACCCCUAUAGGGUCCACUAAAGCUUGCAAAAGCGGUCCAUAUAGGGCAACGUUAGCGGCCCUUGAAGGUUCACCUCUGAAUAACACUUUACCAACCCCUAUAGGCGCCACUAAAGCUUGCGAAAAUGAUCCCUAUAGGGGCCACGUUACGGGCCCUUGAAGGCUCCCCUCUACAUACCACUUUACCAACCCCUAUAAGGGCCACUAAAGCUUGCAAAAGUGUCCCUAUAGGGGUUUUAGUUAGUGGCCCUUUUAGGGGACAUGCUAGUUGAUAAAUGUUAUGAACUGAAGAAGCAUUUUCAUGGGAAAAACUGGACAAAAAGCGUUUUUUGAAUGAAAUUGAAAGGCCCCUAUAGGGUCCACUUCAGCUUUAGGGGCUAAGGGGUGAGACUUCAGACCCCUGUAGGGUCCACUUUUUCGGCGCCUCUAGGGGUUGUUUUCACACCUAACCCCUACAGGGACCACUCUGGAACUCCUAAGCAGUUUGGAUUCUUUUCACAACCGCAGCGCGACCGUGACGCGUUCGAAAAGUCAUCGAAUAGUUAUCGAGAAAAAUGAAAAAAAAGGUUUAUAAGCUUUUUUUUUUGCGCUUUUCCAUAUACAAACGUUCGCACUAGACAUGCACAAUUAGAUUUUUUUCCCGAGUCAAAAAUAUCAAUAAAAAAAUAAAACUCCCGCAGGUUGAAGUGUCGUACGGGUGGCUGAAGCACGACGAGAACAACUUCCGCGAGACGAUGAGUCUGGCCGGCGCCUCGACCUACCGACCCUACUACAUCAACCUGAUCAAGCCGGCCAACUGCGGCGCCGCCGUUCUCAAUGUGGGGGCUGCAAAUCUUAUUUUUUCCUUUCCGUGAUGGAUUCUAAGGCGUGAGAGAAGCUGUACUAGAGAUUCUUAAGAAAAAAAUUCAGAGGCCCUAUAGGGAUCACUUGAGCUUUAGGAGUCGGGGGUCAUGCCGUGUUCAAAGUAAUUUCGCGAAAUGCAAAAUGAUCUCUGACUCUCCAAAAUUUAGUUAUAUUUUUCUUUCUCUGACGGCUAUUUUGCAUUUCGCGAAAUUACUUUGAAGACGGCAUCAGGUCCUGAAGAGAUCACCUGAAUUUGACCCCUAUAGAAGCUUUUUCCACUUAACUAGUGGCCACUUUAGGGUCUUGGCGUUUAAGUGACCACUCUAGUGCUCGAAUUAGUGGCCUCUCUAGUGGACGAAUUAGUGGUCACUUGAGGGGCUAAAAGUGAUUUUUGUUGCCUCUUUGAAAGUCUUAGUGAUACUACUGGACCUCUUGAAACUACUAAAGUGGCCACUAAGUACCAAAAUAGUGGCAUUUAUAAAGGUGAUUUUAGUGGCCACUCUAGUGGACGAAUUAGUGGUCUCUUAAGUGGCUAAUAUUUAGUGGCAUCUUUAAAAGACGUAGCGGUACUAGUGAACUGAAAAAUAUUGGAGUGGCCACUUUAGGGUCUUGACGUUUGUGGCCGCUCUGAAUAUCGAACUAGUGGCCACACUAGUAGGCGGAUUAGUGGCCAUUUAAGGGGCUAAUAUUUAGUGGUCUCUCUAAAAGUCUCACUGGUACUAUUGAACCACUAAAAACUGCUGAAGGGGCCACUAAGACGCAAAAUAGAGGCAUCUAUAAAGGUGGUUCUAGUGACCACUUUAGUGUCCUCUCCAAUGGACCUCUUGAGUGGCCCUGAGUGAUUUCCCUAAAAUUCCUAUAAGUCGUCCCCAAGUCCUUUGUCUGAAUCCAUGACCCUUCCAGGACAUGAUGCACGACGCUCUCUACCAGGGCGUCUCGGCGGCCGAGCGCCAGUGCCACGUCGUCAAAUCCUGCCGUCAGUUUGACGUUUGA